AUGAUGAUGAUGAUGAUGAUGAUGAUGAUGAUGUUUUAAUUUUCUUUUCGUUGUAGCUUUUCUAAGAUGACUAAAGUUAACAGAAAGUUUUGUUUCCUUUAAGUCAAGUCAGGUAUGAAGUUAUGGAGCGUUUGUGCAUAUCUGAAAGUGAUCAUGUGGAUUCGGUUCCUUAAAAUUACCGGAAAAGCCGCCCGAGCCAGUGCGACUCGCAUAGAGGAGGAAGUGGGCGUGGUCCGCCCUGACAACCUUCAUCUGUUUAUUUACCGGAAUCAGAAAAGGCAACAGCUGGUCAAAGCAUGAGCUGAGAAGGUGCAGCAAGCUGAAGUCAUGGCGCUGAAGGACUUGUGCCUCUCAGCCCUUGCGGUGCUGCGGCUGCGGCAGGUUGAGCCGGUCAUCGUGCUGGAGCAGCUGGGCAGCACUCUCUUCGACACCGCCUUCGAGAUGGUGGUCAGAGACCGGUGCGCCAACGCCUCCGAGCCGGGUCGCUCCAAAGAGGACAGCCAGCAGAAAGCCAUGACGGACUUCUUCAUGGUUUACAACCUCAUCAUGAAGUUCACCCCCAUCAUCCCUGCGCUGCUGCUGGCCCGGAUGGGCGAUCGUGGCAGGAGGAAGGCGCCCAUCGUGACUCCCCUCAUCGGGUACCUGCUGUCCAGGCUCGCCCUGCUGCUGGUGGUAGUUCUGGAGCUCCCGCUCCAGGUGAUGUUCGGGGCGGUGGCGGUGUUCGGGCUCUGCGGCGGCUUCGGCGCCUACUGGCCCGGCGUCAUCACUCUGGCGUCGCUGGGCUCCACCGAGACUGAGCGCUCCAAGGUGAUGAUGAAAGUGGAGUUCCUAUACGGGUCAGCAGGACUGGUGGGCAGCCUGGUGUCGGGUCAUCUGUUCCAACUCUACAGCUCCAGUUUAGGACAUGGAACCAUCCUGCUGGCUUUUAGCACACUGCUGUACCUGACCUGCCUCCUGUUUUCCAUUAUUCUACUAAAGGGGAAACGGGUGCGCAUCGAGGACCAGGAGGAGAACUACCACCUCCUCUCUCAUGCCACCCGUAACACUCGCAUGGACGUGUCUCCUGCUGGGAAAAACAUUGUGAACUUGGUGUUGCUGUUUGCUGCAGCCUUCCUGUAUGACUUUGCUGUGGGUGGAGCCAUAGGAAUGCUGGGUCCAUUUGUGCUCAAGUCACCUCUCAGCUGGACUGCCACCCAAGUGGGUUAUGGGAACGCAGCAGGCUGUCUGAUCUUCCUCACCAGUUACGUCGGAGUCCUCGUGCUCCGUCGAUGCGUUAGCGAUGAAACCAUGAUCCUGAUUGGGAUGCUGUCGUUUGCUUCGGGCAUCUAUGUCAUGUCCUUCGUCACAACUACUGCCAUGUUCUAUUUUGCUCGCGCUCUGAACCUGUUUGCACUCAUCCCAAUGUCGACGAUUCGAUCUGUGGUCUCUCAGCAGGUUCCAGCAUCCGCAUGUGGCACCACCCUCACCCUGCUGCAGAUGACUCUGAAGGCUGCUGGCCUGGCCUACAUCCCUGCUUUCACUAAGCUCUACCAGAACACCCUGGACUGGCUCCCGGGCUUCGUCUUUCUGCUGUCCAGCAUCUUCACAGUGCUCUCCAUGAUCCCCAUCAGUAUCGUUGGCUGCAGAAGGGCUCAGAAGCAGCUCUAUAUCAGGAUUCAAGGAGACUGAAGCAACAACACCCCAACUGACUGAGUUCACAUUUGGAAGAGAGGAGGAGGAACUGAGACUCAGUGGUGGGAAAGUGAACAUGUCCCUUCCUCCAUCAUUUAAAGAAACAGGCUCCUGCUGCUACUGUACACAACACAAACCAAGGUGUUAUUAGUCCAAGAACGUUCCUAGGACAGCUUUCAAAAUACUAAAUGAAACCUGGAAUGCAGCUAAAUUCAGCAGGACGAAACGCUUAAAGUUGUUACAAUUUCAGCAGAGACAGGAUUGUCCCGACUAUGUCAAAAAAGGACUCAAGUUAUUUAGAGAAAAGCAAAGCAAGCGAUUUCAACAUGCUGGAGAUUUACCAGUGGGUGGGUCAGAUGGGAAACUCCCCCUGGUGUGUGUGUGUGCGUGUGUGUGCGUGCGUGCGUGCAUGUGUGUGUUAUUUAGGACUAAAGCUUGGCUGUUUCUGGACUUUCAUCGUGUGACUGGAACCUUUUAACAGCUCCGGUCUGGAGGUGAGACACGUGGCUGCAGCAGAGCACAGAGAUGGGGUGUCAGAACUGCUCAGACAUUUAAAGUCAAAAGUUGAAUUUAAGGUCCCAUAGUCAUCACACACUGGUGAAAUUAUUCUCCGCAGCUGACCCAUCCCCGUGGGGAGAGGUGAGCUGCAGCUGCGCUCAGGAACUAUUGUUGGUUUAAUCCAACUCCUUUAAAGCGGACUGUCGAGCAGGGAGGCGUUGGGUCCCAUUUUUAAAGUCUUUGGUAUGACUCGACCGGGAUUUGAACCUCGGUCUACCACUAGGCCACUGAGGUUGGAAAAACAAUCAAAUAAAACAAUUUUAAACCUAACUGAUGAACUGGGAGCCAGAAUCAGUGAAAUGUGUUCCCUCUAAAGGUCAUUUUUGUUAAACUGCAAAAUGGAAACUUGGAUUUGACGAACGGCUGAAAUAACAGAGAAAUUUAUGUUUGUUUUUUUUCUGCAAAAGACCAACUAGAUUUAGUUAAGUAGUUUUUAAAUCAGCUUCAGCUGCUGGGUUAACAUCUUCGUCUUGGCAACAAACGGAUCUUUUUGUUGAAAUAAUGCUUCCAGCUCAUUUCCUGCAUGAUUUAGAUCAUGAACACAGCUGGUUUGUUUCACUUAGUGAUGAACCACUGCUGUAGAAACUUGUGAAGUCCGGCGAAAUUUUUCAGCAGUGAGACCAACGCACAGCAAGGAGAUCAGUGGCGCCCCCUAGAAAAUUGCUUAGGGCAUUUAAUUUUUUAAAUUUAAAAUAUCUACAAUGUCUUUGAGCUUUAUCUUUCUUUCAGAAUAAAUUGUAUUUAAAAGUUGAACACUUUUAAAAAAAUACAUAUUUGUAAAGAAAUAAAACAUUUUAAAUGUUCUUCAAACCAACGGUUAAAAAACUAUUUUUGCUAUUUAAUGUUUUUGAGGUGCUUUUAAUCCCAAACGCGAAGCAUUUGGACCAAUAAAAAAAGAUGGUGUCUCAGGAAGCUCUGUGGGGAUUGCAGCUUUACUUUCUGUUCAUUUCUUUAUGUUUCCAUUCUGUUUAAAAUCACUGAGGUCUGAAUUUGUUUGCACUACUCUGAUUUGUAAAUAUGACAAUUGUUUGAUUCAUUAUUUUUAUUUUACAUGACUGGAUUCAUGGAAAAGACGAUGCACCUUUGAUUUAAGCACAUUUAAUUUGCACUCAACUUCUUUUAUUCGUGACUCUGACCCUUUUUGUUUGCGUUUAAGGGGCUGAUACACAUUUUAGGGUGUAAAUGAUUUAGUUUUAAAAACAUCAACAAACAAUUUUCUUCUGUUUUCUCACAAACUU